AUGUGCACCGUACAAUCAGAUGCUGAAGCUGUUGAACUAAAAUUCUAUCGAAUUCUGGCCAAGUUCAGUCAAGAAACAUGGAGCAAUGUCGAUAUGGCGGAACAGUGGUCCUUGAAGUUGUAUGAAGCACUUGGUCAAUUGCUUCAAAUUAACCUUAGACCAUCUGACGAACUUGUUAGUCAUCUAGCAAUUACAAUUAAUGCAAUUCUUUGUCCUGAUUAUACAUUUCUUCAUCCUGUAGAACAACGCAGUAUACUUUCUAAAAAAAAUUAUGAUCAUACUAAAAUGGAAAAAGCUUUUUCGACCCUUUACAAUAUUUUGGGUCAACUCGGCUUUGAACGUGUACAUCGACAAAUAAAUGGAGCCCAUUUUUGUACUAAUCCUAACUACUUAUUUAUAUGUCCUCGACGGCCUCCUUUGAAAACGUAUGAAUUCACACAUCACAUGUUUGUGUUUCCAGACAAUCCGAUGCCAAAGUACAUUCCACUGAAAAAACUUCAACAUGUUGUCCACAAUAUUGAUGAUCUUAUGCUAAUUAUGAAUUUAACAAAGAAUGAAAUAGUUUCGCAGUCGAGUCUGCCCAUAACUGUGCAACAAAAUAUGGUAGCUCAAUUCAAAGGAGGUCCAAAUCAUGCAUAUCAUGGGCCAGAUAUAAUUUGGUUUGCACCUUUGCCUCCUGAACAAAGUUCAGAUGAUCCUCAAGCUUUAUGUCCAUCGCUUGAUUGCACAAACUCAUGCUACGGAUGCUAUCGUUUUUGUAUUCCGUUUAAUUAUUUUCUUAAUAUACCUAGAAAUGAACGAGGACAAAGCGAUAUGGUUUUCGAUUAA